CACAUUAUAAACACAUAUACCUCACAACACAAAGAACAGAGAGAGAUCAGAAAAGACCUUCAACCUCAAUUCAACCUCUCCAAAUAAUUAAGCUUAGCUUGUUAUAUACAUAUUAUUUAGCAUGAGCCAGUGGAUAGUCUCAAACUUGAAUCAUCAUCAGUCUCACCAAUCACAACAACAACAACAACAAGAUUCUAUCAGAUCAUCUUCUUCCCAUGUUCAUUAUUUUCCCCACAAAAACUCCACAUUCUUCAGCCAUAAUCUUGUCCCCAUGCCAAAGUAUGAAGCUACAGAGAGUGGAGAGCAAGAAGCAGCAAUGGAGGGUCAUGGCCAUUGCCAUGGGGAAGUGCUUCCUCAAAUGGCUUCAACAAAUCACUCAUGGGGCCAAUCGAAAGACACCCUCGAGUCCAUAGUUCAUAGUUCACUGUCCAGGAAACGAAGACGAUCCACCCCAGAAUAUUGCAAAGAUGAAACUUUGAUGAGUGGGACAUCUUUACAAUCUCAUAGGACCUUCAAAUCCAAAAAUUCCAUUCAAGAUUUAGCUCCAGAUCUUGAUCGCUCGGAGGAAGAACAUAACAUGGAGGGAAAAACAGAUGGAAGCUGCUCGACCAAACAAACUCGAGCAGCUAUUAUUCAUAAUCAAUCUGAGAGAAGACGAAGAGCUCGAAUAAAGCAGAAGAUGAAAGAUCUGCAAAAGUUGGUGCCCAAUGGGAGUAAGACCGAUAGAGCUUCACUUUUGGAUGACACAAUUCAAUACUUGAAGCAACUUCAAGCACAAGUUCAGUUCAUGGGCAGCAUUAGAUCAGCUGUGCCACAGAUGGCCAUGCCUCUAGGAAUACAGCAGCAGCAGCAGCAGCUUCAAAUGUCAAUGCUCGCAGCUCGUAUGGGACCGCUCGAUGCUGCUUCAAUGGCUUCCAGCUCCAGUUCCUUCCCUUGUGCUGCUACAUUUCCUCCAAUUCUACUGCCUUCCAUCAUCUCAACAACAAAGCCAAAAUCUAAAUUUUCGACCAGUUCUUUUGUCCCUCCAACCGAUCCUUUCUGCACUUUUUUGGCACAAUCAAUGGAUAUGGAUUUCUACAGUAAGAUGGUGACACUAUAUUGCCAAGAAGUGAACAGGACUCCACGGCAGACAAGCAAAUUAAUGCAAUUACAAGGUAUCAAGGAGGAUAUGCAUCAGAGAUAGCCAAAAGAAGCUCCAGCAUAUGGUUGAAUCCAACAAAAAGUAGUUUUAGUUGAAUAGUUAGAUAUGCCUCAUUUCAACCAAAUGUUUAGAGGCUUUCUCUAGUAACUUUGGUGGAUGGAAAUGACAUAUUCUAUCGAUAACCAUUUUUUUUUUUUUUUUUUUUUAGAAUUCCAAGAAUCACUAUUCCUAAGUCUAAAAUAAGUAAAAGCAUGAUGCGGAAAGAUAAAUUAAAUCAUUGGCAUCUUAUCUCUUCUUCCUGACUGAAUCUCCCGAAAAUGAAUGACACGCAAAGACUCAUACAGAGGAAUUUAAACGUAAGUGGCAUCUUUUAUAAGACCCAACUUUUCUUUAUCAAAGAGGACUUGAAAAGGAAUUUUAGCUCCCUAAGCUAACUUUUAGCCUUUCCCAAAAUGAUGUACAUUCUUCUUUUGGUAAUGAGGAAUUUUAGAGAGAUAAGUUUGAGUUCAACCUCUAUUGUGAAAACAUACUAUACAAAAAACAAGAAACACUAAUAAUCAGUCCUGAAAACAAAAAACUGCUUUUCCCGACACUUCUUUUCAGAAAACCCCCCAUAGCUUCUUAUUCUUUU